AUGACAACACCAUAUGUUACUACCAUCGAACCUUUGGUGACAGAGCCAGGAGAUGUAAGCCUGGAUGCUCAUACGCAAAGACCAAAGCAUGUCGCCCCUCGGGAAAAUCCCACUGCAGGCAGUUCCGAAGUCAGUGUUAUUCCACGGUCUAAAAAACGCUAUACUCAAGCCACCAGGACCUCCCUUGUAGCAGCAAAUAAUGCCCAAAUACACGUCUAUGGACAAAAGUUCCUUAAUCUGGACCUAGGCCUCUGUCAAGAGUCCCCGUUUACCUUCUAUUUCGUGGACGUCCAACAGUUCAUCACUGGUACCGAUUUCCUCUCAAGAUUCCAGUUAUGGGGUGUGCGAUAG